AUAAUAAUGUUCAAACUUAUAGUUUCAAUUAAUUAUAGUCGAAUUUCGACUAUGAAGGGCCACUAGUAUACAUAAACUCGGCUGGUGAUUUAAAUUAUUUUAUAUCAUACACACACUUCGCUGUAUAGGAGUAAUGGAGGCGAGUAAGAUGUAGGUAAUGUGGAUGCUAACUUUCAUGUCACUGCUGGUGGUGGAAUGGCACUGGCAGUGUUAGUACGACCACCGACUCCGGCGCAGCGCGCGACCUACUGCCCGGCCACUACACCGUCCAUCGCGUUCAAUAACUGUUUUCGUUCAGAUGUUAACUCUCGGUAGAUUUUGAUAGUAAAUUAAACAAGUGAAGAUCAGCUUUUGAUCAAAGUGGUGUAAUUGUAGUAGUCGUCGGUGAGAAAAUACAUUAUAAUAACAGAUAUUAACUGCGGAAUGGUGUACUAGUGGAUUUUUCGGCGUACUAACGACGACUUAAGUGUAGUGUUUAUCAUUCAAAAUGUGUUCAAAUAAACAUAGAACUAUGUUUACUGCUAUGGUUAUUAUGCUAGUCAGUGCUGUGAGUGCAAACGUGAAUACGACUAAUGAAAUCACCGGACAAUCACGGAUGGCUUGGAUUAAGAGUCUUUUCGACCACCACUCCUGGUCUGAAAUUCUCAACGGCAACAUUACCCUGCCAACAGCCUGCGAGAAAGACCUUCAAACUUAUCUCACUGCUUUACAAGACGGACAACUUUGGGCCUCCAAAAUAUUCGACGCGUCAGGCCAGUACGGACCGAAUCUACUAUUCGGGAACGAGUAUUGGCUGGGGUCGUUGAACGCUUGCACCGAGCUCAACAAGAAACAGUACUAUGAGCAAACUCCUCCAUUCGCAACCACAUUUUACGUUGCGAAAAUCAACGUCACCGUCGACAACUUUCAUCUGCCGCAGAGCAGGUCGAUGCUGCUAGGAGAAUGUGUGCCAGCAUCUUGCAGUGGUGAUGCCUUGGGCGUCUUACUGCAAGCGUCGGAACAGGCUACUGUGGCGAAAGCUUCAGCUUUGGGAGUCUCAGCCAGUCUCGUUACGCUAGUAGUCAGACCGGUGCCGGGCGGAUAUGACGUAUACUCCGACAUCAAGUUCCAAAUACUAGGAUCGGUGACUUUGGCAGUCUGUGUACUGAUGUUGGUGGCUUCAUUCUACGAGGGGUACUUGGAGAGAAGAUAUCGGAUGAUCAAAGCUACUAAGGAUCUAGAACUGGCGCAAGAUAAUCAUAAGCCUGGCAAUAACGGCGUGCAAAGCAGUGAGAAAACUCGUAACAAUGGAGACAAAGACCUUCGCAGGGAAACAUGUGGUGUAUGUUCGGAGGUAUUGUUAUCCUUCUCGAUAUUAUCGAACGGUCGUACGAUCCUCAGCACGGACACCCCUAGCGACGGCGCUCUCACGUGUCUUCAUGGAAUGAGGUUCAUGUCGGUGUUAUGGGUGAUAAUGGUUCACACUUACCUGACAAUAUUCUAUGUGGCUGACAACAAGGCGAUGCGUGUAAUCACAGAACGCAGUUUCUGGUAUCAGUCCGUUGGGAACGCCUCUUAUUGCGUCGACACCUUCUUCGUUAUCAGUGGGAUACUUGUCACGAUUCUGUUUUUGCGGACAGAAGAGAAAAAGUCCAAGCCGAAAGUCGUAGAAGAUAAACAGGACAUCAACAAAAACAUGAACGGGUUCACCAGCCCCGCGCUCUCCAUUUCAGUGAUCAGCCAAGACACAUUCAUAACUGAAUCAAAGACUCAAUCGUACACCAAAGAGGAAAUAUUUAAGAUGAUAAAAUCCUUUAUGAUUUUAUUAUCGUAUCGCGUGGUUAGACUCACACCAGCUUACGCCUUCGUGAUCGGCGUUAAUGAAAUCGCUUUAAGGUACACCCACGAUCACACAGUGUUCGAGCCGGCGAUCUUCGACCAUAUCACCUGCGACAACUGGUGGUGGAGGAACCUAUUGUACAUCAACAAUUUGUAUCCACAACGAGAGAUGUGCAUGGUCUGGUCGUGGUACAUGGCCAAUGACACACAGUUCUAUGUCGUCGGGAUCAUAUUGCUGCUCAUUUCUGUUAAACAUCCGAAAAUCGCGUUCGGGUCAUUAGGCGUGAUCAUGUUGAGUUCUUGGGCGACGACCAUCUAUAUAUCUGUUUGGCUACAGUACAAAGCGAGGAUACAGGAGCCCUUUGAAAUGUUCGACCCUUUAUACGAUAAGCCCUGGUCAAGGAUCGGACCGUAUUUAGUCGGUAUGAUAGUGGGCUGGUACCUGCACAAGACUAGAUGUCAGAAGCGGAUCCCUUACUGGCUGGUGGCGUUGGGCUGGCCGAGCGCCCUCGCCAUCAUCGCCUGUCUCAUCUUCAGCAUGGUCGACGGAUACUUCGACGUGUGGCCCACUGCCUUCUACAUCAGCAUUGGACAUACCGCUUGGGGCGUAGCUAUAGCGUGGGUGGCUGUCUCAUGCUGCAGCGGAUAUGGUGGUCUAGUGAACUCGGCACUGUCGUACCGCGGACUACUGCCGCUGAGUCGGCUCACGUACUGCGCAUACCUCGUGCAUCCAACCAUUAUGAUGUACACAUCCUUCUUACUCGACGGACCAUUUCACAUGGAAAACUCUACCGUUCUGGCGGUUUAUGCGGGGUAUGCGGUAAUGGCCUUCUUAGCGUCGCUAGCUAUUUCAAUCGCGUUCGAGGCGCCGGCCGUCAGACUACUCAAGAUCCUCAGCGGCGAGACAAGGAGAAUGAAGAACCACUGAAAACACCUCCGACAUACAUAUACUAUAAGGCUAUGUUAUAUUACAACGUUUAAUCUGUAACUUAGUUAACUAGCAACCGCAUAAAUUCGUGUAAAUAUUUUGACUGAGUUUCUCGCCGGAUCUUCUCAGUGGGUCGCGUUUCCGAUCCGGUGGUAGAUUCUGUGAAGUGCUUCUCUUCACAGCUAGCAAGAGCAGUGCUGCUCUUCGCCGAUGACACGGCCAUCUACUACUCGUGUAGGAAGAAGGCGUUGCUUCAUCGGCGACUUCAGACCGCAGCCACCACCAUGGGAGAGCAGUGCUGCUCUUGCUAGGAUCAGUGUUAGCAUCACUCCGGUUUGAGCCCCGUGAGCUCACCUACUAGUUAAGGUUAUGCUGAAAUAGCCUCUCAAGGCUAUCAGCUUAGGUAGGAAAAAAAAAGUGUAGUGACGACAUAGAUAUUUUUAUGUAUGUACUUCAUUGCGUACCGUUGUAAUUUUGAAAGCUGAACUUAUUGCACGUUUCAUUCCUGAUGAUCAUUACUUUUAAAGUUUACUUAAUAUUAUAUUCAGAACCCGUGCCUCUUGUAGUUUCACACGACACUCAAAACUCCUCAUAAGUCACCGUAUGAGCUCACGUCCUGUCAAAUAGUUUCGGAUUCGAAAUCGCUGUUUGGAAGUAGUUUCUGGAAAGGUUUUACCGAGCGCUAGACUGAAAGCGUAUUGUCUGUCGGCUUAUAGAAUAAGACGACGUAUGUAUUGAUUUUUUUGUGCAAUAAUAAUCUUGUAUAAUUUACGAACGUAUAUGUAUGAAACAUUAACUAAUACAAUCGAAUCUAUUUGAUUUUGUAUUAUCGAGCCCAGCUUACAAGUGUGCAUGGUGCUUGAGAAACAACUCCCCUCCGUGGGUCGCAGACCUCAUUGACCCAGUUAUUCUCGUACACAACUACCAACCGCACUUUUUAAUCAUAUAUUCAACUGAGUUGCUACUUUUAUGUUCGUGAAAACAUGUGAACCAUAUAACUUAACUCAGUCAUUAAAAUGUACGUUGUGUUGCUAUUAAAACCCUUACGCGAGUUUUAGAGUUUUAAAAUUAAUGAAUUUUGACGAAUAUGUAAUAAAUAAAUAAAUAAAUACUCUCAAUCGUUCACCUUAUUUUUACUUUCAAUGAUUAUCUUAAUUUGUAUUAGUAAACAAUACUCAUAAUUAUUAGUGUCCUGUGAAAAAUAUUUAGGUAAUCUUGUGUUUUGAAAGGUUUGUGAACAAUAGUACCUACUUUUAAAAUAUAGUUACCUCAUAUCUGUAUUGUGAAUGACAUUCAUCACAAAUAUUCUACUUAAGAUAAAUGUAAAAAAUAAACAAAGAAGACAAAGAAAA